AUGUCCUCUGCUGCCAUCAUCGGCUCCACCGGCCUCGUCGGCUCGCACAUCCUCUCGACCGUCCUCGCCAGCGACAGCCACCGCCCCGUCACCACCAUCACCCGGCGCCCUCGUCCCGCAUCCUCUGCCUCCUCUCCUGCCCUCAACGCCAUUGUCAACACCGACACCACCCAAUGGGCCUCUCUCCUGUCCUCGCUCUCCCCCUCGCCCGCCACCACCGUCUUCUCCGCCCUCGGCACCACCCGCGCCGCCGCCGGCAGCCUCGCCAACCAGUGGAAAAUCGACCACGACCUCAACAUUGAGCUCGCGCGCGCCGCCAAAGCCGCCGGUGCCAAGACCUUUGUCUUCAUCUCUGGCGGUGGCACGCGCGGGCUGCUGUCGAGCAGCGUGCCAUACAGCAAGAUGAAGAAUGGCGUCGAGGACGCCAUCAAGGAGCUAGAUUUCGAGCAUGGUAUUAUUCUCAAGCCGGGUUUGAUUCUGGGACAGCGCGAGGAGAGCCGCACGGCGGAGAGCUGGCUCCAGAGCUUGACAAGCGGCCUGGGCAAGGUGAGCGGGGCGGCCAGGGACUUUAUCGGGCAGGACGCGGAUGUGAUUGCAAAGGCGGCGGUGAGGGCUGCGCAGCUUGCGGAGGAGGGCAAGGCACCGAGCAAGUAUUGGGUGGUGGAGGCGAGUGAUAUUAUAAGGCUGGGCAGGACGGAGUGGAAGGAAGCGGAUAAGACUGCUGCGUAG